AGUAUCAUAUGUUGUGAGGAUUAUCUUGAUUAUGGAUCUGCAUAAAUGGCCAAAAAAAACUCGCAUAUUUAUAUUCGUCGAUUGCAAUUCCUUUCUUUGCUCCUCUGAAUACAUCUUCAUCUCAGGGCUGUUUAAUCAAACUUGCGUUCUUCUGUAUAUUCGUACACUAAACUUCUAUCAGAUACAACAGUGUAAGCACAAGGGUUUCUAUGCUCCGAUAUCUGCUGAUGCAUUUCACAACUAUGAAGCAUUGCUGGGAUCAAUCGUUCUAUGGACUAUGUUGAGGGUUGUACGAACAAAGUUUCGACACGGUAAGAGCACAGAGACUGGGUAUAUAUUCAGUUUAGCGUACGAAGGUAAUCUCUGUAUUAGUAUUUGACCCGCCAACCUGCCUUCCUUCCAGCAGCAUAGAAAGAUGCAUGUCGAGCUGCUGAUUGGAGGUGCCACGACCACUCAUAUCCUGCAAAACGAACAGGGGUCAGGCUCGUACACUAAGUCAGAUAGGGAUAGCUCAG